CCCUCUCCGACAAAGUCCUAUUGCUUUACGAACCGAAGCCCACCCAAACUCAUCUCAUUUCUCUCAAUUCGUCACAUUCUUUCUUGGGAGAACUUCAUUUCUCUUCAACCACAUCUCGCACCUCAAGGGUUCCAACGGUCCAUCAUUUAUCCUUCCCCUCAGGUUUCAACCGCCGUCGUUGAACCCUACAACAGCGUCCUCUCCACCCACUCCCUCUUGGAGCAUACCGACGUGGUUGUCCUGUUGGACAAUGAAGCCAUCUACGACAUCUGUAGGAGAUCCCUCGACAUCGAGAGACCCACUUACACCAACCUGAACCGCCUUAUCUCUCAGAUAAUUUCUUCCUUGACCACCUCCCUCAGGUUUGAUGGCGCCAUCAAUGUCGACAUCACUGAGUUCCAGACCAACCUUGUGCCUUACCCUCGCAUCCAUUUCAUGCUCUCGUCCUAUGCUCCGGUUAUUUCUGCUGCCAAGGCCUACCAUGAGCAAUUGUCGGUGCCCGAGAUCACCAAUGUCGUGUUUGAGCCUGCCAGCAUGAUGGCCAAGUGUGAUCCCAGACACGGGAAGUACAUGGCUUGCUGCUUGAUGUACCGUGGUGAUGUUGUUCCCAAGGAUGUCAAUGCUGCAGUUGCUACCAUCAAGACUAAGAGGACUGUGCAGUUUGUUGAUUGAGAGAACUGCAAUGAGAAGAUGGAUCAAUUACUAAAAACAUGUUUCUACAGAGUUUAGAAUUUAUUCAAUAAAUUCUAACUAUCAGAAAAAAAAAAUGUGUUCCAGUGGUUCUAGAGCUCGUCCUCAAGAAAUUGUCAGUUGAAGGUCAAGCAUAGCUGAUAAGAAGUCAUGCACAGAAGUAUUUCAUGAAAGUUCAGAAGAAUGGAACAAGUGAACAUGUACCUCUCCCUCGACCCAAAAGAAAAGCUGCUCAUCCAUACCCACAAAAGGCUUCUAAAAAUGCUCUCACUACAUCCAAAGUUACAAGGCCUUUGCAAUCUUCAUAUGCUUUGUCGGAAUCAUCAUUCAUUUACAGGCCAAACUCGUCAUCUGUUCUUAGAACUGCAGUUAGCAGUGUGCCAUUGCCAUCUUGGAGUUAUAAUCUUACGCCACAAGUUGGUAUUCUUCCUAAAGUGAUAAAAGCUUGGUGCUUGAGCAAAAUCUAAAAGGACAUGUUAAGCGGUCUCCAUUGUUGAAACAGACUCAGUCCUUAUUUGUCUAACCUUUCUAUCAAAAGGGUAUCAUUGUUGGCUCUGAUGGAGAGGAGGAAACAUCCGGGGUUGAUGAUUAAAGUUUGCCAACAAAACCAGUUUCUUCCUAAAUGAAGAGGAAUGCUCUUCAUGGAAUGAGUGUGCCUGAAUUUUGCAAGUUGAUUGAAAAGAUUGAAUUUCUUCAUGAGUCUUUGUGUAAAAAUAUUCAGGACUCAAUUCAAAUGUUAGAGGUCUGCAGCCUAUGGAUUAAAAGAGGAGUUGAAGAUAGGUAGCUAUUAGUGAAUUCUCUGAAUUUAUUUAAUGUGAAAUUUUGAUUACCUUAUGAGUUGUAAAAUAAUAUUCUCGGGGACUCCUAUUUAUGAGUUGUUCUGAACAUGAGUUGUAAAAUAAUUUUUUGUUACAUGCAGUAAAUGUGGUUGGUGGUGUGGAAUUGAAUUUAGCAUAAUUUAAUUUACAAUUAUAUUUUCA